AAAUCAUUCGCCGCUCGUCGCGUACCACGGAAAAUUGGCCACGAUGAUCAAGAUGCGAUGUCGGAUGCCUUCAGCAACAAUGACUCCACCACCACCACCACCUCUUCCAUAGUCAAGCGACCCGCUGCAAAGCAUCGUAAAUCUUCCGCCCUCCGUCCCUCGUUCGCGUCCGAUGACGACAACGACGACUCUUCCACUAUUGUCACGCCCAAACGCGCAAACCUCUCGCGCCUUGCCAUACAACGGAAUGUCGAAAAGCGUUCAGACGUCGCCUUCCGACCAGGUCUCGACUCUACCUCGGACCGUCCAACUUACAAUAAAAACUACCUUGACGAGCUGAAACAGAGCACACCAGCCACACCCAAGGACAUCGCAUCCACUUCGACAACUGACAACGAGGAUGCUGCUUCUGCCUCUAGUUUCGACGAUUUCACGACUGAUGGCAAGAUUACGUUUGGCCGUAAGGCACAGAGAGAGGAGGAACAAAAGCGCAGAGCCGAAAUGGCCUCUAUGAUCGCUGAUGCCGAGGGUCAAAGUGCAGAUGACGACAACGAAGACGAUGAGAGUGAGGCCGAACGAAAUGCUGCUUUUGAAGUUGCGCAAACACGCCACGGCACCUAUGCUGCACGCGAACAGGACGCCGACUCGACAAGACCCCAAACACCGCCUAGGGUUGUACCUCUACCAACAAUGGAUAAUGCGGUUGAAAGACUUCGCAAGCGAUUGGAGGAAAUGGAAGUAGUUCGCGCCAACAAGGCGAACGAAAUGCAAAGCCUAGUGGACGAAAAGUCAAGAAUCGGCGAAGAAGAAGUGAGAGUUCAAGCAGCUCUGAAAGAGACGGGCGAGAAGUAUCGCAAAUUGAGAGAGGACAUGGGCUUGCAGGCCAAGGAUGAUGACAAACAAAUGACCACGGAAGAUGCAACAGAACAGAGGCCUACAAUCGACCGAACCGAAGACAGUGAGGACAGCGACGAGGAUGAAGAGGAUGGAAGACCAGGCCUCGGAACAUCCGGUCUAGGCAGCGGAAUGCGUCGAGACAUGUCAGAAUGGGGUAUGUAG